UCAGGGCAGAGGGCGGGUGUCGCCGAGGGAGGCUCUUAGAUUAGUCAGCGCAACAUACAACAACAUCCUCUGGCUCCGGGAGGGGAGCGGGGCGGAGAGGCGAGGUGCUGAAUUCCCCCCAAAAGGCAGGCAGGGGAGCUGCACGGGACCCUGGCCCAGCGUCCUCAGUGGCGACCGGACGGAUGACACCAGGAGGGCUCCCCGACGGCGGGCGGGGGCAUCUCUGAGACGGAAGCCGGCAGGGUUCGGCCCCUGACAGCACCACUCUCCCCUCGGCACCGAAACUGACCAGUCAGGGCGGUGCCUGCAGAGAGGGGGGGACAGAAAGUUUCCCGCAGAGCUGCACUGCUUGAGCUGAGCGCAGGUGAUUUGAACUGGUUUAGUUACACUGGCCCAGCCCCAGCGUGGACGCUCGGAUUCUGAUGGAAGUCGAACGGGAACAGAUGGCGGGUUACCUGUGUCUCUCCGCGCUCCUCCUGGCGGCUCUGCCGACCCCCUACGCCAGCCCGCUCUCCUCCGGCUCCUCCCUGCGCUUCAUCGCCCUGGGGGACUGGGGCGGGGUGUCCAAUCCCCCCUUCCACACGGCGCGCGAGGUGGCCACAGCCAAGGAGAUGGGCCGCAUGGUGGCAGCGCUGGGCGCAGACUUCAUCCUGUCCCUCGGCGAUAACUUCUACUACAACGGGGUGCGGGACGUCAACGACAAGAGGUUCCAGGACACCUUUGAGGCUGUGUUCAAGGCGCAGUCGCUGCGCAAGGUGCCGUGGUACGUGGUGGCCGGGAACCACGAUCACUCGGGGAAUGUCUCGGCUCAGAUCGCCUACAGCAAGGUCUCCAAGCGCUGGAACUUCCCCAACUACUACUACAGCCUGAAGUUCAAGGUUCCCAAGAGCAACGCCACGGUGGCCCUCCUCAUGAUCGACACCGUCACCCUGUGCGGGAACUCGGACGACUUCCAGAGCCAGCAGCCCCAGCAGCCCCGGGACGUGGGGCUGGCCCGCAGCCAGCUGGCCUGGCUCCGCAAGCAGAUGGCUGCCUCCCAGGACGACUACCUGCUGGUGGCCGGCCACUACCCGGUGUGGUCGGUGGCCGAGCACGGCCCCACCCAUUGCCUGGUGAAGCACCUGCAGCCGCUGCUGCUCAAGUACAAGGCCACUGCCUACCUCUGCGGCCAUGAUCACAACCUGCAGUACCUGCAGGACAAGGCUGGCGUGGGCUACGUGCUGAGCGGGGCUGGCAACUUCAUGGAGAACUCGCGGAAGCACUAUCAUAAGGUGCCCGAGGGCUACCUGCGCUUCUUCUACGCUGAGCCGGCGUCCCUGGGCGGCUUCGCCUACGUGGAGAUCGACGGCAAGGAGAUGAGUGUCACCUACAUUGAGGCCAGCGGCAAGUCCCUCUACAAGACCUCCCUCCCCCGGAGGAGCCGCCUCUGAGACCCCCUCCCUGCCCACUGAUCUAGGAGGGCGCAGGAAGUGGGGGUUCAGAGCUCCCUCCUCUUUCGUUUGGCGCAGAGGGGAACGCUGCUAGGGGCAUUGAAGCCGUCUGAUUUUUAAGGCUUCUGCAUCUGAUCGCUGGGGAAAUCCUCCCCUUGCCCUCUGUAGCCCCCAAUAUGCCCCCUAGGCUUUGCAAACGCCUCCUCCCCUGUACCCACUAGCUGGCUGGAGAAGCCCCUCCCUCCCCCAUUUAUUGCUUGAUCCCCUCUUCCCUCCUCACUAGAUCACUCCAGCCCCCUUUGAGCCCCCUGAGAUCCGGGUUUGACUCCUGGCUGUGCCAGAGUCCUGUGUGCCCUUGUCUUCCUCUCUUUAGGCACCAGCUCCCCUCCUGUAAAACAGGGCUAACGGUCCUUUCAUGCUCCCCCCUUUGCCUGCGGAGGCUGUAAAUUCCUUGGGGAUCCCCUCUGUACAGCUCCUGCAAUCCCAUUACCUAACAGGCAAUGCUCUCAGGAGAGCUAUUCCUUCAUCCCGCCACCUGGAGGCGCAAUGACCUUCCUUCCCCUUCUCUUCUCAGCUCUGUGGCUGGGAAGCUGAAUUUUUUUUUCUGUUGCUGACCAGUAAACUGUGUUGUGCCAGACGAGGACCCAGUACUGCCCAAAUCUGACCUCGUGCUGGUGUUUGUGUUUUCUGAGAUGAUUGUUUUUAACCCUCACAUACGGACCGGUCCUGGGUGCUUCCUCCCAGUCUACAGCUAACAAGGGGCGUGCGUGUGAUCCCCAUGUGUCUGCCAAAGACUUUUAAGUCCCGGAGAAACUUCUUGUUUACCCUCUGCAGCACUGCACCUGUGAUCUGUUGCUCCCUGAAGCUGCUUCGAAGGGAACAGACUCUUCUAAGUGAUUUUCUUGGGACUAUUUUCAAUAAAUUAUAUUUUAAAAAGUC